AUGGAUUACCGCAACGGAUAUCUGUGGAGCCAAUGUGUCCCUACCAAGUGGUUCAUUUGGCUCUGCUCCCAUAUUGGUCUUGCUUGGGAUUUGAAAAGAAUCCCAAAGAACGAGAUUCAAAAAGGACAAUUCCAGCAAGUGGAGCGCAAAAUGGACUUUCAACAACAGGGCAUAUCAUGGGGUACCCCAUCAGAUGAACUGCCAGUCCUAGAUUUCUUGCGAUUUGUGGAGAUGGUUCAAGAAGGCCAUUCUUUGAUUCUCAUGGAUGGAAUUGCUCAUGAUGUCUCGCUAUUUAUGGACCAGCAUCCGGGUGGAGCGAACUACUUGCGGAACUAUAUUGGCAAAAAUGGUACGAAGGCAUUCCAUGGUGGAUGGAACCCAUGCUCAUUCGAACGCGGCCACUAA